AUGUGGCACCUUAAACUCUUUGCAGUACUCAUGAUUUGCCUGUUGCCAUUAGCCCAGGUAGAUGGCUCUCCAAUACCAGAACUGAGUUCAGCAAAGAGAAGGCCGAGGAGAAUGACCCCAUUUUGGAGAGCGGUUUCCCUCAGGCCGAUUGGAGCCUCCUGUCGGGAUGAUUCUGAAUGUAUCACGAGGCUAUGCAGAAAAAGACGCUGCUCCCUAAGUGUGGCCCAGGAAUGA